AUGGGCGCUGACGACGAUCCCAAGGGGACGCCGCCCACGUACGACCCCAAGGGCGAGCAUGGCCCUGUCGCGCCGGUCUCUGGUGUUGAGGAUUCUGCGAUCAUACCAGCGGGCGUGCUGGAUCCCGUGUACGACGCCAAAGCACGUGUGUUGAACCGCGCAAUCCAAGACAUUGGCAUGGGCUGGUACCAGUGGCAGCUCUUCAUCGUAGUUGGCUUCGGCUGGGCCGCCGACAACCUCUGGCCGAUUGUCACCUCCCUCGCCCUCACACCCAUUGCCAACGAAUUUAACCCUGCGCGCCCCGAGGUCUUCACCCUCUCGCAGAACAUUGGCCUGCUCAUCGGGGCGGCCUUUUGGGGGUUCGGCUGCGACAUCUUUGGGCGCAAAUGGGGCUUCAACCUGACGUUGGGCCUGACGGCGGUCUGGGGUCUCGUGGCGGCUGGCUCGCCCAACUUUGGGGCGGCUUGUGCCUUUGCUGCCCUCUGGUCCUUUGGCGUCGGCGGCAACCUGCCCGUCGACUCGGCCAUCUUCCUCGAGUUCCUGCCCGGCUCGCACCAGUAUCUCUUGACGGUGCUGUCGGUGGACUGGGCGCUGGCGCAGGUGGUCACGAACCUGAUCGCGUGGCCGUUGCUGGGGAACUUGACGUGCCAGCAGGACGCGGACACGUGCACCAGGAGCCAGAACAUGGGCUGGCGCUAUUUUAUUAUUGCCAUGGGGGGCCUGACGCUGCUCAUGUUCUUCAUCCGCUUCGUGCUCUUCACCAUCUUCGAGUCGCCCAAGUACCUCAUGAGCAAAGGCCGUGACGAGGACGCCGUCCGCGUCGUCCACGAGGUCGCGCGUCGCAACGGCACAACGUCCGAGCUGUCCGUGGAGGAUCUCAAGGCCUGCGAGCCACCAGGCUACGUCCGCAACACAGACGUGCGCACGACGCUCAAGCGCCACCUCGACAAGGUCAACUCGAACCAGAUCAGGGCGCUCUUUUCCACGCGCAAGCUGGCCCUCAGCACCGGCCUGAUCAUGGCCGUCUGGGCGCUCAUCGGCCUCGGAUACCCCCUGUACAACGCCUUUUUGCCGUAUAUCCAAGCCACCCGGGGCGUCGAGUUUGGUGACGGGAGCACGUACAUCACUUACCGCAACAACCUCAUCAUUGCCACCCUCGGCGUGCCUGGUGCGCUGCUUGGCGGCGUUCUCGUCGAGUUGCCCCAUGUCGGUCGCAAGGGCGCACUGUUUGGCUCGACGGCUUUGACAGGUGUCUUUCUCUACUGCUCGACCAUUGCGCACUCUUCGACAGAUUUGCUAGGAUGGAACUGCGCGUUCAACUUUACGAGCAGCAUGAUGUACGCUGUUCUCUACGGAUACACGCCCGAGCUGUUUCCGACCCCGCAGAGAGGCACAGGCAACGCGUUGACCGCAACGUGCAACCGCAUCUUUGGCGUCAUGGCACCCAUCAUUGCUAUGUUUGCAGAUCUGGAGACGUCGGCACCUGUCUAUACAUCCGGAGCGCUCUUUAUUGCCGCAGGCCUUUUGGUGCUGGCGAUGCCAUAUGAAUCGCGAGGCACGGCCGCUUUAUAA